AUGGCGGCCACCGGAUUUCACAUUCUCUCCGCCGUCGGCUUACGCAAGCAUAAGCACUCCCUCGGAGUAUCCCUACCCCCGGCACGCCGACUCUCCGUUUCUGUCUCCUCUUUUAGCGCGGAGCAGUGGAGACUUGAGAGGCUUGGGGACUCCGAGAAGCGAUCCGCUAACAACUUCUGGGACUACCUCGAGGCGGCUAGGGAUUUCAUCAGUCGCGAUUGUGGUGAUGAUGGCCCGUCUCGCUGGUUCUCUCCCCUGGAAAGCAAGGCUCGAUGUGACGGCGCCCCGUUGCUUCUCUUCUUACCUGGUAUCGACGGAAAUGGACUCGGGCUUGUAAGGCAGCACCAGAAACUUGGAGAGAUGUUUGAUAUCUGGUGCCUGCACAUUCCACCCACCAAUCGUACUGCACUCCCAGAUCUCGUCGGGAUGGUUGAAACAACUGUCAAAUCGGAAAAUCAACGGUCACCCGGCAAACCCAUAUAUCUUGUUGGAGAAUCUCUUGGCGCCUGCAUAGCACUCGCCGUUGCAGCCUGCAACCCUGAAAUUGAUCUUAUCUUGAUUCUCUCAAACCCAGCUACCUCAUUUGGAAAUUCUUCGCUGCAACUUCUUGCUCCCCUGCUGAAACUCUUGCCAGAACAACUUGAUCUCGCAUUUCCUGCCCUGUUAAGCUUGAUUCCAGGUGGCCCUUUGAAAAGGAUGAUCGCUCACUGGGCCAGGGGACUUCCGGAGAAGGAAACAGCUGCAAACAUUUAUCAAGAUUUGGUGACAACAUCGACAUUCACUUCUAUCUUAGCUGAUACGUUUCGGAAAGAAACACUUCUGUGGAAGCUCAAGUUGCUUGAUGCCGCUGCUCUGUUUGCUAAUGCACAUCUUCAUCUAGUUCAAGCUCACACUCUAAUUCUAUCCAGCGGAAAUGACCAGAUACUACCCAGUAAAUGGGAAGGCAAACGACUUCGCAAAAUACUGCCUAAAUGUGAAGUCCGUUCAUUCAAAGACAACGGCCAUUGCCUUUUUCUGGAGGACGGCAUUGAUCUGGUCAGUAUCAUAAAGGCCACUUCAUUUUACCGGCGUGGGUCUCAUCAGGAUUACAUCUCCGACUACAUCCCACCAACCUUCUCUGAGUUUAACAAAUCUUAUGGGGUCAACAGGCUCCUUGAGUUGAUCAUGGGCCCUGUGUUUCUGUCGACUACAGAAGAUGGGAAAGUGGUGAGGGGGCUUGGGGGAAUCCCAUCGGAAGGACCUGUACUGUUGGUGGGUAAUCAUAUGCUACUGGCGAGUGACAAAAUAUCACUCCCAGGGCAAUUUGUUCACGAGAGGAACAUCAAUCUGCGGCCUCUCGUGCAUCCUAUGAUGUUUACGAGAUUGAGAGAUGGAUUGUUACCUGAUGUGUCUGUUUACGACACGCUCAGGAUGAUGGGGUCGGUCCCCAUCUCAGCCACUCACCUCCAUAAUCUCUUGUCUGCAAAAUCCCAUAUUCUGUUGUUUCCAGGAGGCAUCCGCGAAGCUCUACACCGCAAGGGAGAAGAAUACAAGUUGAUGUGGCCAGAGAAAGCGGAAUUUGUUAGAGCGGCAGCCAAAUUUGGAGCCAAAAUAGUACCCUUUUGUGGGGUUGGAGAAGAUGAUUUCUUAAAAGUGGUUGUGGACUACAAUGACCAGAUAAAGGUUCCAAUUGUGAAAGAGGUGCUAAAAAGAGUGACAGAGGAAGGUCCGGGGGUGAGGGGAAGCGUGGAAGGAGAAGAGGGGAACCAAGACUUCCACAUGCCAGGAGUGAUACCAAAGUGGCCAGGGAGAUACUAUUACUACUUUGGCAAGGAGAUAGCGACGGGAGAGGAAGAGUUGAGGGACAGAGACAAGGCAAAGGAGGUGUACGCAGAGGUGAAGAAGGAGGUUGAGAGAUGCCUCAAGUUUGUCAAGCAGAAAAGGGAAGAGGAUCCUUACAGACCUCUCUUGCCACGUCUGCACUACCACCUUCAGCACGGCCUCCUCGCCCAAGUCCCCACUUUCCCCUUCUGA